AUGAUGCUUAAUCGCCUCUCGGACGGCCCGGCCACGGUUCUCUCUCCUUCCCGGGAACACGCCUUCGCUCAGUUCCCCCAGUCCUCUUUCCGCGACUCCCCAUCAAGCUUUAAUGGCUAUCCAGCAAACCCUAGCACCGUCUUUGCCAACAAUAGCUCUGCGCAGCCUAUCCCCUCGAGCUUCAAUUUCGCGUCUGCUCAUGCGGUUCCCAAGCCCUCUCGCAAAAGAUCGCGCGAUGAGGCCACUUUUGAAGAGGCCGUUGCUCCCAGCGCGCCCCCGGCGCCAGCACCCAAGGUCCAACCCAUCUAUGGAGAAGGCAUGGUUCUUUUAAACCCACAGACUGGCCUUGCAAUCUCGGCCGAGAGCCAGACCGGCACAUGGUACGAACAACAGUCUGAGCAGGCUGCCGCUGCACCUGUUUCUUCGCGGUCAAACGCGCUGCUUUCUGAUGCUACCGACGUAAGCCGCAAGUCCCAGCGCCUUGAUACAUCUGCACCCGGUUUGGACGAUAUCGCGUUGUCCUCGGUCCAUCAACGUCUGGACGACCCUAGCUCCAACGAUCUGCAUCGCACCCUCAAUGCGGGGCCUGCUCCGCCUGCCGAGCCUCUAGUGGAUGAUGCCACCCGUCUUCUAGGUAUCGGCUGGCAGCGUGUCAACACUGACGGUGACAUGGCCCCUGCUGUUCGUGGCUGGACCAAGUAUAUCGACAACCAAUACUCGGCCCACCUGCACGACUCUCAGAUGCUCCUCAAAAGCCGCGCUCUGAACGCCUAUCUUGUGUCUGCCACUCCGACUUCUGGACACUCGCCUGCCUUUUAUCUUUUCACCGAAGACCUCACUCAAGGCCAGCUCGUUGCCUCCUCCUGGGAAGCAUGCCUCCAAAAUCUUCGUAGCUCCCCCAUCAUAUUCGAGGGCGCCGCUCCCCUUGGAGCUACCGACCGACCUAGCGCACAACCCAUCUCCUUCAGCUCCAUGGAUACUGGCGUGCCACUUCUCCAACAAGCCAUGUCCAACCACCCUCAAACAUCAAGCGGUGAACUGAGCGGAGGCGCGGAAAUGGGAAUGGAGAUCGACUCGUAA